AUGUUUAGUUUCAAUAAACCGGCUUCUGCAGGCGCUGCUACUGGCACUCAAUCCGGUGGUUUAUUUGGUCAGCAAACUAAUGCGAAUACCAUGGGUACGAACCAAGGCGGAUCUUUGUCCGGCCAAAACAAUGCUGGCGGCAACCUAAACUCAGGGGGAGUGUCUUCAUUUGGUGGUCAACCGCAGAACCAGAGCCAAGGGGCAGGCAACGUUGGGGGAGGGCUAUUUGGGAAUACCAGCGGUACUGGAACAGGUUUCUCCUUUGGUCAACAAGCAAACAAACCAAGCACAGGUCAGCCAUUUGGUGGUUUACAAACGAACUCCAGUAAUGGUGGAACGGGUCUGUUUGGAUCAAAUACUACGAACGCUGCUCCCGGGAGUGGGUUAUUCGGCAGUGGUUCUACAAACGCGUCUUCCAAUAAUACGGGAGGAUUGUUUGGUUCAAAGCCGCAAUCUUCUUCAUUAUUUGGACAGAGCAACCAGACAGCAGCAACGGGUGGUGGAUUGUUUGGAUCAAAUAAUAAUGCCAGUAAUUCCACUGUGAGUGGUGGUACCGGUGGUGGUCUUUUUGGGAGCAACAAUUCCAAUAUGAAUAAGGGUAUAUUCGGUGCAAAACCUGUUGGAGGAUCGUCACUUUUCGGUAAUUCUACUUCAAAUGGAGGCGGUCUUUUUGGUUCGCAACAGCAGCAGCAGCAGCAACAGCAACAGCAACAGCAACAGCAAAGUGCAUUAUUUGCCAUCUCGCAGUUGCCUGUAACGCCUAUGACAAAAAUUUCUGACUUACCUCCACAGCUGCGCCAAGAAAUCGAACAAUUGGAUCAAUAUAUACAGAGACAAGUUCAGAUCUCCCAACAUUUGAAAGCAGACACUUCGGAACAUAAGGAACUAAUAGAUUCAAUCCCCAAUGACAUCGCAUACCUUUCCAAGACAGAGUCAUUUGGUACUCAAUCUUUGUCCCAAGAUAUGAAGAACAUUUCCUCUAUAAAAGACAUAACCGAUCAAAGCAUAACAGAUUCACAGACAUUUUCCAUGAUACUCCAGCAGCUGCUAACUCCAGGCAGCAAGAUAUCUUCAAUGGAGCUCGAUAAGUUCUUCCACAAUAAAAUCCAGGUCUACCAAAAUAAACUUGAUGAGUAUUUCAACGUGCUAUCGGAUAUCGAAAGCGCUGUUAACGGCAUUGACACUGAUGUUGUAGGCGGAUACUCGGAGCCAAACGAUCUGUACAAUCCCACAACUUCGGCUUCCGAGUCUCUUGACGCAUAUGCAGUUAAAACUGGUUUAAAUGCUUUGGUUUCUACUGUUGUCGAAGAAUUCAGGCUAUUUAUGGAUACAGCAGAAAGAGUAGCUGAACUGCAUCAGAAAGUGAAGGAGCUUGCGCCCUCAAAUAGACAAGGAUAG